CUAACCGGAUCACUAAACGCAACUUUUAAUCAGAAAACUUAACUACUCCAUAAUUCAACGAAACUAACAAACCUUUUCCAUUUCAUUUUCGUUGUAAUUGACAAACAUUCAACUGUGUACACGCGGGAAGAUCCAAGGGCCUUUCAGUCAUUUCACCAAUCCCGCGUCAACAAUGGCGUCUUAUAGAUUUCCAAUAUCACAUUAUUCUGCAACUCUCACUACUAAAACCACCAUACCUAAACUCUCUCCUUUUCCACCGAAACCAACAAGAACUUUCCUUGUUCCUUUUCCCUCUUUAUAUAUACAUAUUCACAUCAUCCCUUAUCUCUUCGUUCUAAUUCCAUAUAUCCAUUUUUCUGUGUGCUAUCUUUUUCUACAUAUUUAAUUUCUACAAUGGAUAACGAUAACCCAAGUAUGCUCCACGAUCCGUUAAUUGAUUCAUCCUCCAAAGGCUAUGCAUUAAGUGGAAAAAUAAUGCUAAGCGCUAUUGUUGUCUUAUUCACCGUUGUUGUUUUUAUGGUGGGUCUUCAUCUUUAUGCUCGUUGGUACCUUCUCCGUCAGCGCCGCCAUGAAAUCCUCCGUCGCCGGAGAAUCCACCACCGCCGUACUCAUAUUGUGUUCUACGUUGAUAACCCUACUUCUGGUUUGUCUGAUGCGAACCGGGGUUUAGAACCGUCGGUUCUUAACUCGCUACCGGCUUUUGUUUAUUCAUCGAAGACUCACCCUGAACAGCUUGAAUGUGCGGUUUGUUUAUCGGAAUUUGAGGAGAAUGAAAAUGGCCGUGUUUUGCCCAAGUGUAAUCACUCUUUUCAUUUGGAGUGUAUUGAUAUGUGGUUUCAUUCUCAUUCUACCUGCCCUCUCUGUCGGUCGCCGGUGGAACCAGCUACCGAACCGGACAACAACCGGGCUGAGGUAGCGGUGACGGUGAAUGAAGCGGCUGAACCGGGUUCGAGUUCCGGUUUGUGCAACACGUGUCAGCACCAGGAGGGGCAGAAUAGCAGUGUUAAUACAACGUCGUUAGGUGGGCGGAGAAAAGGAUUGGAUCUUACGGGAGUGAGAAUAGAGGUACCGAGGAACGAAUUGGAAGACGAUUUGGAAAUGGGACUCAGAUUGAGUUCACCGGCGAGUCAAUCGAGAUCACCGGCGGCUCGGUUAUUGUCGUUGAAAAGAAUACUAAGUAUGAACAGGAAAACGCCCACCGGAGCUAGCUAUUCACCUCGGGCCGGAACGAGUUGCGCUGCCGAGUUGGAUUUAGAAAGCGGUGGAACUCAGUUCCAAACUCGGGCACAGACACCUAGGUGAUAAUUAAGAGGAAUUUAAAAAAUGUCACGCUGUUGGCGUGGUAAGAGGAAAAUAUUGAUUUUUGCAAAGAAAAAAAGACAAGAAAGCAAGAAUGACGGACUGUCAGAAAAUGCAUAUGAAUGUCUUAUUACAUGUGGCAAUCUGAUGUGGCACCUGAUGUUGACGUGGCAUGUGCUGAAAUGAAGGGAUGCCCUUUAUUACGCAGUCAUAGUUGACUUGGGCCUUGAAUUUGGGGAAUUAUUUGACUUGUAGAUAUGUGUAGGAUUAGAGAUGUGCAACUUGUAAAGUAUGACGUGCAAGAGUCAAAUUACAAAUGUGUUUAUUGCUAAAUUCGUUGAUUUCUUUUUUGUUUUUUCUUAUCUAAAGUAUUUGAAACGUUACGCUA